UGCUUUUCUAUCAGAUGUAAAAUGGACGAGCGGUCGUGUUGUUGUGCGCUCGCGAACUCCGCGUGGUUGUUGUAAAAUCGAUGUUUAUUUUGACGUGAAUACGAAUAUUGUUUACGCGAUCAUUCGACUACUUCGGAAUACGGUUACCGAAGGAGAUUGUGUUGUGCAUGUGUUUUAUUUGACGCUUACGCUCACUUUACUUGCAGUGAUUUUGCUGAUAGCUCACUCACCGGUGGGUGAACGCGUGAAAAACUACGUGUUCGUUUAAUAAAAAGCGAAUAUUCCUUAAGUGAUUGUGUUUUGAGUACCAUCAUGCUGUGCACGGUGACAUAGUGAACGUUAAGUUGACCCUGACCUCUGACAAUCAUGUCUGGGCGAUCGGAUUGCAGGAAAUUUGCACCGAACAUCUUCAAUAAAAGCAAGUGCACUAAUUGCUUCCGCCAGAAGGAGGAGCACAGUGCCGAGGCAUUGGAAUCUAAUCGGGCCAGCCGAAAGAUAUCUAAAUGUGGAUAUCUUUUCGUGGCGCCGGGCUGGGACUUCUCCAAUCCGCUCUACAGAACAAAGAGAUGGCAGCGGAGGUGGUUCGUCCUAUACGACGACGGAGAGUUAACGUACUCUUUGGACGAACACCCAGACACAGUCCCGCAGGCGAGCGUGGACAUGACGUCCGUGCUGGAAGUGAGCGAGGCGGACGGCGUGACAGGACACGCGCACAGCCUGGCCAUCACCACGCCCGACCGCGUCACCUUCGUCAAGGGCACCAGUCGCGAGGAAGCGCGCUGGUGGGCCGACAUACUCAGCAUGUACCCCAGGAGUAAGGGGCGACACAAACGCAACGCCACCUUCCCUGGAGGUCAGACCGGCAGUCUCCUACAAUCUUCCACAACGAGAAAGUACUCCGCGGACGCAUCGACACUGCGCGACGCAGCGGAGGGGUGCGGAGCGGGCGUGACGCGGGCGCGGUGCUGCGCCGGCGCCACCACGUGGCCCGGGCCGCGCGUGCAGCCGCCGCAGCCUGAGAUCGCAAGCCUCGCCCCGCCGCCCAACAUCGACACCAAAGUGUACGCAGACCAGCCGGUAUCGUCAGCAUCACCGCCGACUCGUGACAAGAUAAACGGCGAGGAGAAGGCGCGCAGCCGCCGCCGCGAUUGGUCAGACUCUGCCGCAUCCACGCCCGCCACAGCACCAGCAACAAACACCCUGCACGAAGACGCAGUGAGCGUGCUGGGCGGCGCGGCGCGCUCCCCGCUGCUACAGCACCAGCACCGGCAGUACGACGAGCAGCUGCGCGACAUCGCCGCCUCGCUCACCCGGCCCCGCUCGCGCCGCGCCCUGCCGCCGCUCGAGCGCCCCACCCGCCUGCCGCCGCCCGACCGCCUGCCGGUGAGAGGUACCCCCGAUGGCGGUGCACCGACAGAAGAAGCGAGCUCGAGCUCCGCGAGCGAAGGCGGCGAGCCCGCCGACACCGCGGAGACGGCGGAGAGCGGCGAGGGCGGGAGGGUGGAGCUGCCGGCGGAGCGGCUGCUGCACGCGCGCGCCGGCUGGCUGCAGCGCCGCGGCCCGGCCGGCUGGUCGCGCCACUGGUUCGUGCUGCGCGGCGCCGCACUGCUCUACUUCCGCGACCCGCAGGCCGAGCACCGCGGUCUGCUCGACGGCGUCAUCGACCUCAGCGGCGUCGCCAACGUCGUCGAGUUGCCCGCGUCCGCUUCCACCAAUGGAUAUGCUUUUGAAACUGAGACGUGGGACGGCAAACACAUCGUGCUGGCCGCGGUGACGGCGGGCAUCAGAGCGAACUGGGUCUCGGCGAUCCGCAGGACGGCCGGCUUGCCCGACAACGGACCGCUGUCCCUGAUCCUGCGAGAGGACAGUUUGGAUCAAGUGUCCGAGUCCUCUACUUCACCCGUGACGCCGAUUACGCCUAAUACCGGAAAGUCUGCACCGUUCUCUUCGGACGAGGAGUACAGAACGGCGUCCGAGGGCGGAAGGAGAGACAGCGCGGAUUGGGGAGACAUGACGCAGCCCCCGGCGUCGCCCAUACUCAGUCGCACUCCGAUCUCCAGAGUCAAGGAAAAGGUUCGCGCUAGAUCCUGUCAUCAACCACUGAUGAGAACGGAUUUCAAAGACGAAAAGGACGAAAUAGACUCUACCAAAGAACGCUCCAUAAACGAAGUGGACGAAAAUGAAAAGCCAGCCGAGCAAAGAAAGCGUAGCUACAUUUCGACUAUUGACAAGCAGGCUAUAGAAAUUGACGAUUUACGAAAACAGCUUAAGUUAGCGCUAAGUGAUGUCAAUGCGGCAGAGUCCGAGCUCGCGAGACUGCGAAAACUGAAAUCCGAGGCGGCGCUACGAGAAAAGAAAAUGGAAGAGCUCGUGACGACCUUACAACAGAAAGAGGAAGAACUUUCUUUACGAACUAAAGAAGCAGAAAACUUAAACGCAAUAAAACAACUUUACAACCAAGAUAAGACCUCAUGGGAGACGAAGCUAACGGAAACCCAACAGUUUUUAAAGGAAUCGACGGAACACUGCGAGUUACUUACGAGGCAGCUAGCGUCGGCCCAAGAAAACAUCAAACAAUUGCAACGAGAAUUGAACGAACUCAAUGAAAAACUUCUUAAAAGCGUAAAAGAAAAUGAGAGCUUAUACUCUAGGAUCAGAGAUUUGGAAGGCCGUGCGGGAUCAGAAUCUCCAUCUAAGGAAAAGAGAAAGAGCAUUGGAUCGCUCAGCGAUCUCACGAAUAUAAAUCAAGACCUUAACUUGGAUUCCUUAGAAAGGAAUAGGCUCAUCGAGGAGUAUGUUGACCUGAGAGGAAGGUUUUUAAAAGCCAUUCAGGAAAUCAAAGCCAUGAAGAAGGAGCUUCGAGAGGCACACAACAUGUAUGACGAACUCGAAAUAACGAAUAUGAAGUUACGAAAUGAAAUGAAGCUUAGAGAACAAUGUAGCAGAUCAGAAAUAAAUUUGAUGGCAGCUAAAAUUUUAGACCUGACGCAAAAAUUAAUAGCAUCUGACAAGCAAGUGCGGACUCUGAAACAUAAAAUACAAAAAACUGAGUCCAGGGAAAAAAGACGCAGCUUGUCACUAAAGGGGCGGGAAUCUUUUUCCCUAGGGAAAGAACUUGAAGAAAAAUUAACCGAAUUGGAGAAUAAAAUUUCUCUUCUCGAAUCCGGCGAAGCGGUUCCUACCAUACAGUCUCCUUCCAAAAGUGGAUCACCUGCCAAAGAAAAACCAACAAAGAGUGACAGUAUUACCGAUGAAAAGCGUCUGAAAAGGUUAGCAGCGCGAUUACGAAGAAAGUCUUUAGAUAGCGCUACAAGUUCGGAACCCAUGAAAAUGCUAGUCCGCCUGAGUUCAUUGGAAACCAAAAUUUCAACUGCCAUUGAAAAUCGGCGAGAUUUAACGAACUCCUGUGAAUCCUUGAGCAUAGCAAGCACCACCACCGGAACCACCGUCUCUCCGGACAACCCGUCACUGAACGAAAGCCAGGAGAGCUCAAUCGGUACACAAUCACAAAGACAUCUGCUCGAUCGGUUACAGAGUCUCGAAAAUGUGGUGAUACAUUCGAGGAAUAAAGUAAACGAAUGUCUUUGUCAGAUGAGUGCCAUGCGGGCCGCGAAGUCCCGCCGAUCCCCAUCGCCGAGUCUGGAGAAAAAAUAUAGCAUUAAAUCAAUGGAGAAAUGUUUGUCAGAUGUCAGUAAGAGGUUACAGGAGUGUUUCGACAAAUGUGUUGUGGAAUGCCAACACAAGGAGGAAAUAAACGACAAUGUCGCGGAGGUUGUCGUUCAGUUAGAAGAACAAUUAAGGACGAAAUUACUAGAAAUAUCUAAGAAAAAGGCAGCUCUGUACGAGGCCGGCGAGUUGACGCAACGAAAGAGCUUAGAAAUACUGGCGGAGAAGUUGGCGUACGAGGCAGUCCUCAUCGGUAGGAUACAAGAGGCUCUGCAAUCUUCCAACGGAAGCAAAUUCUUCGCUAGGUUAAUAAAGUCUGAAAUAAACGAAACUAGUCAACUAAUCGAUAACCUUAAGUCUAAGAUAAACGGCGAAAAUUGCAAAAAUAUCAAUAACACGAAGAGCUCGCUCGACUACCUAGCGAGGAUACUGUCGCGGAAAAUCGACAUAAUGAAUAGCAAGGAAACGAGGGAGUUUAGAAAAUCUGAACUAAUAAUUCAAAGCGCCGAUCUCGAGGCUCUGAAGGCGUCGCAGAAGGAAGUAGCGGAGGCCGUCGACAAAUACAAGACCGAGAAGCUGGCGGAGCUGUGCUCGGCGCUCGCCUGCGAGACGCUCAGCCACGCCGCGCCCGCCGACGGCGACUUCGAGCAGCAGCGGGCCAACGUGGAGGCGGCGCGCGUGCGGGAGGCCUGGGCGGCCGCGCGCGACGCCCUGGGCGGAGAGCUCGUGCAGGCCGAGGUGGCGCGCGCCCUGGCCCGCGCGGCCCAGGCCUGCGACGAGCGUCUGGACCAGGCCCGUCGCGGCCGCCUCACGCUCACCGCGCAGGACCGCGCCGACCUCGAGCUGUGGUGGCAGGCGGCGCACGACCACCUGCGCUGCGAGAUGGACGCGGCCGUGCGCGACAUCGCGGCGCGCUACCGCGAGUGCCUGGCCGCCGACCGCCGCGCCAAGGAGGGCUCCCCGGGACUCGACAGCCGCGCGUCGCUGCUGCAGCUGGCCGACGUCCUCGCCCACAAGGCGCUGGUGGACGCGCGCGUCGCCGUCGUCGAGGGCACCUACCGCGCCUCCGAGCGGCCCGACGCGCCGCCGCAAGAGGACGCGCUGUCCUCGCUGGAGACGGACCCCGCCUGCGAGGCGGAGUUCGUCUACCUCUUCCAGCACUUCUCGAACGAGUGCCGAGCGCUCUUCUCCAGUGACUGUUCGGGCAACAGUGAAGACUCGAUGAAGAUCGGCGAGAGCCUCGAGCGGGUGGAGCGGGCCGUGGCGGCGGUGGAGCGGCGGCUGGGCGGCGAGGAGGACGGCGACCGGGACGACGCGGCCGAGUGGAGGGGCGGGCUGCUGGAGCGCGUGGAGGCGCUGCGCAGCCGGGUGGAGGCGCUGCAGGAGCUGGUGCCCUGCCGGCACUGCAGGCGCCUGCAGGAGGCGCUCGACCGGCUGGCGGCGGAGCGCGCGCGCGGCGAGUGCGCAUUGGCGCAGCAGGCGGGCGCGCUGGCGGCGGCGCGGCGUGCGCGUGCGCAGCUGCAGGCGCAGCACGAACGCGAGCGAGCCGCACUGAGGGAGCGGGCCCGCACGCUGCAGCGCCGCCUGGCCGCACUCGACUCCGAGUACUCCGCGCAACUCGACAGCCUCCGCGCCGCCUAUCAGAGCGCGGUGGCGGCGGACACGCACGGCGACGGGCUGCGCGCGCGCUACCAGCAGGAGAUCGAGCAGCUGCGCGCGCUGUGCGAGAAGGGUCUGCUGGCCAUGGAGAGCUCCCAUCGCCGCAUCGUGCGCGAGAUGGAGGAGAAGCACCGCGCGGAGCGCGAGCAGCUCAGACUGGACAAGGAGCAGGCGCUGGCGGAGGAGACGCGGGCGACGCUGGCGGCGCUGGACGCGAUGCGGAAGGCGCACGAGAGCGAGGUGCGGCGCGAAGUCGACAAGUUCAAGGCGGAGUUCCUGGCGCGCGCCGCACACGACGACCUCGGACAGCUCAGCUCGCGCCACCAGCAGGAGAUGGAGGAGAUAAAGCGCGAGAUCCUGUCGCUGUCGGAGAAGUACUCGGUGAAGUGCGUGGAGUCUGCGGCGCUGGAGGAGCGGCUGGCGGCGGCCACGGCGCAGCUCGCGCAGGCUCACAACCACGUCAUGCAGCUCGACGCCAGAAAUAAACAGCUUCGUGCGCACAUCAUGUCUGAGGCGAACGAGAUGAAGAACUCGGAGGCGGCGGCGCUCGCGCAGCUCAUAGAGGACACCGCGGCGACGAAGUCGUCAAAGAGCAACAGUGUAGCGGAGACGCGGCCGCGGGGCAAGCUGCAGUUCGCGACAGAGCCGCGCACUCCUCUGCAGCUCUCGCCCGUACAGAACUGAAGGGACCUCUGGCUGGUCUGGUCGCCGCUCGCAAGAAGCGCUUCGAGCAAUGAGAGGUGACGACGAAGGAAACAUCACAAAUUUAAACUAUAAGCGUCUUUAUAGAAAAUAAAGCUUUAAGUGUAUUGCCUUAAAGUCGAUUUUUGAUAAAAUGGUCUUUUGACAAAGUAUAUUUAUCGUACGCGUUGAGUUCUCUAUGUAGGAUGAGAUGAACCAAGCGCUACGUCACGACGCACCCACCACGCUAGCACCUGGCCACUUCGCUUCUCAAUAUCAAAUAAAUUGUUUUAGUUUCAUACAGAUAUAUCUACUUUUAAUUUAUUGACAUAAAAAGUAUUGAGCAUUGUUAAAAAAUAGCUUUGUUUUUGCUUUGUAUUGACAAGAUCGUAAGAUCGACUUACAGUUAUGACAUAGAACUGUUUUGUUAGGUUAGUAUUCCACUCAGACCAAAAAUUACUUUUUCUACAAAAAAGUGGCCAGAACUUUUUAACUCCCACCCACCACGAAAAUGUAUAUAACUAUUGUUUGCAUUGUUAUUUACUUAUUUCAAUAAGUGUAUAUUAUUUUUAUCUUAUAACUUCUAAACGUAUAACAAAUAUUUAAUAACUUAAUAUCAUGUGCAAGUAAAGGCACUAAAAGACUUUUUACGUCUUUUUUUUUUGUUGCGGCGUAGAGCAAAAGUAUCGCUGUAUCAGUCGUAUAGAAGGCGUAUCUUUUGUCUGCGCCUGCGCAGUUAGCUGUAGACUCAGGUUAGUGAUGUGUUUUAGAGGCGGCAGUGUAACAUUGUGUAUAUACUAACAUCUUCCUAUCGUUCUAGCUCGUGUUCUAGUGAAUGAUAGUUUUAUCUUUUAAGUUGUUACCAAAUAUAUGUUAUUUAUGAGUUCUAUUGACAUUUGUUGAGGCGACACUUCCGCCGCGCGGUACAUUGCGCGCCGGAGCUGCCGGAGGUCGCGGUGUCGCCUCACACGGCGCGCAAUGUACCGCCACCAGUCGGAUGUGUCAAUGUUUAUAUAAAAUGUCUCUUGUUUAUUUUUGUAGAUUUAUACAUAGUUUUACUUAUAUUAUGCGCAUUUGGGUUUAGUACACGUUUAGUAUGACAUUUUUAAUGGAUUUUUAUGGCACGUUUUUUUUUCAAUUAACGCAUGAUGUUAGAAAACGUUUCCAAAACUUUUUCAUUUUUUUUUCACGGUUUCACGAAUAUUUAGUUGUUUUAAAAACUUAUGUAACCAUUAAUUUUCUUUAAAAUGUUUUAUUAUACAGUUUUUGGCACUUAAUGAUUUGAAGAAGUUUUCUAACAUCUUGCAAGAUAUAUAGAGGCGUAUUUUUUUUUUGUUUUAAAACAUUAACACAGUUUGUAGUGGAUAAGAUUUGUCACGAAUCCCCUCCCCUGUCCUGUUAGCUGCGUGUUCACUCGUUUGUUACCAUGUUUAUUUUCCAAACUGGGCAUUUUCCGGGCGAGUCUCGUCUUCCAGCUCGCGUUAGUUCACGUGUUAUGUACUGUGUCUCACGCUCCUACUGUAACGUAGUGACGAUACAACGAGGAAUUUCCACAUCAAGUUAGUAAGGAAUCAAAUUAGCUUCCCGAUCAAAAUACGAGCUAUAGACGUAAUUACAUUUCACAUGUGAAAUAACACUGAAAUGGAUAGGAAAUAAACUUCCUUGACUGUAU